UUAGACAAGGCAUCUUGAUAAGUGGCAAUUCCGUCCCAGCAUGCAGUAUCGAAUCUCCGUCGCAAAAAUGCGUUUCUAUGUCCUCUUCCCGCUGCUCGUCCUCGUCGUUCAGGCCGAGGAGAUGAAAGCCCCGUCGAGUGCCUCGUCUCAGAGGUUCUUCCACCUGUUUACAACCCAGUGCACGACGACGAACACGGCCCUCACUGCAGGGGCAACUGCGACCAUCCAAUCACCCAACUACCCCAGCAACUAUAAUAACAACUACUACUGCAAGUGGACCUACACGUGCGCAAAGCAGCUGACGCUGUCCUGCCCCAGCAUUCAACUCCAGUGGUCUCUCUUCUGCUACGAAGAUGCUCUUCUCGUGUGGGGAGGCUCGGCGGGAUAUAAGACUUUGUGUGGGAGCACAUCCUUGACAUACACGGUGGCUACAGGCAGCACGCUCUCCAUCGUCUUCAAGACGGAUUGGUGGUGGACAGCCAAUGGCUUUCAGUGCACUGUCGCAUGCCCCGCGUAACUGGAGUGCAUCCUUCUCCAGAUAUUCUCAACACCUAAUAAAGACUUCCUAUACUUGUAUGAAUGUCUUUCUUUUUCAUUGAAGGCUUUUGAUCGAAG